UUAAUUUAAUUUAUUUUCAUACUGCUUUGUUAAAGUCGCACUUGAGAUGGAACGAUGGUUUGCCUUAAGGACGCCGAGACGGAACUAUUUUACUGUUGCACACAAAUAAUACUAAGCAUGGCGGCAGGUCAUUUAUGCAAGUUACACGGUUUAUUAAUGCGAUUUUCUUGUGCAGCUCCAUUUCGAUAUACUCAAACGUGUUUGGUGCCACUUCGACAGAAGUCAAGUGUCGAUGCUCCUUCAAUUCAGGGUCCUAACCGUGAUGUGGAGAUUGGAGUGACUUCAGAUGGGAAAACCAUAGUGUGUUACCAUCCUGCAGUCGACGUUCCUUAUGAGCUCACUCAGCCUAUUGAACGACCAGACCCCCUGACCAACCCAGUGGAGACCCAUGAUCAGAUUUUAAAGGCCCACCUAAGCAAGGAGGUUCUAAGGGACAAAGAGGGACCCACUAUAGAGGAGCUUAGCAAGAUGUUUUUCACUACUAAACACCGGUUUUACCCAAUAGGACAAUAUCACAGGAGACGCAUCAAAAAGAACCCCCCAAAGGACAGAUAGUUCAAGGUGUAUCUAGAAAAGAUUUUUCCCAUCUCACAGGAUGGUAAACAAUUGAAUUUUGAGUCUGUUGUUUUGUUUUGUUUUUCCUGCUAAAGUAAGAUCAUUACCCACCUUUUUUCCAGUAAAAAAUCUGUUUAUCAUUAUAAAUGCUGCCACAAAUAAAUAUGUAAAUGAAAGGAAGUUUCUCCUGUCAGAUUGUUUUAUUUGUUUAUGGUUACUUGACUAAAACUUGUUUUUGUGUCUUUUAAAAGAAAUGUUUGAGCUGUUAUUCCUAUAUGAUGGAAGUGAACCACUUUCCAUAGCAGCAUAACAAAGUCAAUAACAGCAAGGUUAUUGUGUUUGAGAUUUUUGUUUAAUAUUUAAGUCUCUUUUCUCUGUUUAAUAUUACAGUGAAAAAA